GAGCUGUUUUGUUAUUUGCUCAGCUCUAGUCUUUAAAUAUUUCUUGCAGUGUGGCUCCUCCUGUGGUCCUGGUUUUCCAACCAACCCAUCUCACUCUUCCUCUCUCUCUCUCUCACACACACACACAUGCUCACACACUUCCUGUCAUCACUCCCGUGCAGCAGCAGCAGCAGCACUAGCAGCAGCUUCUCCUCAGAGAUGGAGAGCUGGUAGAAGUGCAGCAGCAGCAGCAGCCGCACUCCUCCGCAUCCUCCUCCUCCUCUUCCUCGUCGCUCCGGUGGAUGUUGGAUGUACCAUGAGGUCUCCUCGGCUCUGGGCGGCUCUGUGCCUCCUACUCACCGCCUCCUGCCGGCUGUGUGCGUCCACCAGACACGGUUGUUUGUUUGAAAAGAAGCUCUGUCCGAGAGAUCAUCUGUGCAACGAUGACGGUUUGUUCGGACAGUGCCAGGCUCCCCACCAGGAGCCCGUCCAGUACCAGGUGUCUGUACCUGUCCUGCACAAACUGCAGGAAGUCCUCAAAGACCUGAUGGUGCAAGGUCUGACUUGGAAGGACGACGUUACCCAGGCGAUCAUCAGCCGAGAGUUGAGUCGCGUUCCCACUGUCGCCUCCAAACUCCAUGAGAGGGCGCCAAAACAGUUUUUGAGACAGGCGGGCCCCAGUCAGCGGAGGGUCCAGGGGCCCGAGUAUCCAGCUGACCCCGAGAUGAUGCAGCAGUACGCGGACUAUAUGAUCCUCGACCCCUCCCGGUCCUCGGUCCACAUGCAGACGCCCCUGCUGGACCCUUACACUUACCAUCAGCAGCAGUACGGCUACCAGGAGGAAGAGGAGCGCUCCCUCAACUCUCUGGACGAUAAUCCAGCCUUCCCGCUCCUCGCCUCCCCCUCUCGCUCCAGAUCCCAAGGAAACCCUCUGGUCCGAGACCGGCAGCUUCUCCAGGACCUGGUGUCCUUUUACCUCACCUCUCCUUCUUCCUCCUCCUCCUCCUCCUCUUCCUCUUCCUCCUCCCCUGUGCAGUCCCUCUCCCGCCACAGGGGGGGGGCAACAGCAGGAUUUCCCUCUUUGCUGUCCUCCUCCUCCUCAUCAUCCUCAUCCUCCUCCUCCUCCUUCUUCCCGGAGCUGGACUUCCCGCUGGACUAUGGAGAGGACUACGUUUCCCAGGUAGCUCAGCUCAGCAAGCAGCAGCAGGAGCAGCAUCAGCAGCAGCAGGAGCAGCAUCAGCAGCAGCAGGAGCAGCAGCAGCAGCAGGAGCAGCAGCAGGAGCAGCAGGAGCAGCAUCAGCAGCAGCAGGAGCAGCAUCAGCAGCAGCAGGAGCAGCAUCAGGAGCAGCAGGAGCAGGAGGAGUACGAUGCCCUGUCGGGGCUGGAUGAACACUCUCUGCAGAGACUGGCUCUGCUGCUCGACCACUACGGCCUCGACGUCAAGGAUCUGUCCCCUGAGCAGAGAGACAACCUGCCAGCCGCUCUGAAGCAGCUGCAGCUGGACACCUCCUACGGCCGCAAACCAGCCAAAGAUAAAUAUGGGAACAACGCUGCCACAGGAAAGAAGCUCACGGAGGGUUCGAUGGCGUUUAAGAUGGCCGCCCUCGCGGCUCCACCCUCCACCAUCAAGCCCCCCAAACCACACGGAGCCCAGAAAGAUCCGACCCCCCCUGUGGACGCCGACCAGGACAAACUGAGGAAGGGAGGACCAGCGGCCGAGGGAGACAAGUACGGCUUCAUGGUCACCAACCAGAGCCCCCUCAGUGUGAACGACGGGCUACGACUGUUGGAGCUGCUGUCAGAGAGGAUCGGCCUCUCCACCGGCUCCUUCAUCAGCAUCAGUGUUGUCGGACCUUCGAUCACCUUCAGGGUCAGACCCAACUCCAAGAACCUGACGGCUGGAGACGUGGCAGAGAAAGCCGUUGCAGAGAAGAACUUCCUGGAGUCUGAGACGGGCCUGAAGGUGCUGCAGAGCGGCGUUGGAGAGAGGAAUGAUGGGAAAGCAUUGCCCCUGGCAACUCGAGUCCAGCCCAGUGGCUCCCGCUGGGUGUUCGCCACACUGGUGGCCAUGGCGUGCAUCGGCAGCAUCCUGGUGGCAGCCAUGACCAUCGCCUGCCUGCGUCACCACGCCCACCGGCUGGCAGCAAAGAAGCUGGGUCUGGGACCAGAGGGGGGCAGCUUCACCCACCAGGAAUACCAGGACCUGUGUCGCCAGCACAUGGCCUCCAAAGGCGCCUUCGGACGGCUGGAAGCUGCUGCCCUCGGCGCCGUGGGAGGAGCGAGCGGAGGAGGAGGAGGUGUGGGAGGAGGAGGAGGAGGUGGUGCUGGCGUUGGAGGGGGAGGAGCAGGAGCAGCAGGAGGCGGAGGUGCCGACUCCAGGGUGAGCAGCGUGUCGUCCCAGUUCAGCGAUGGAGCCCAGCCCAGUCCGAGCUCCCACAGCAGCACGCCGUCGUGGUGCGAGGAGCCGGCCCAGGCCAACAUGGACAUCUCCACCGGUCACAUGAUACUGGCCUACAUGGAGGACCACCUGAGGAACAAGGACCGUCUGAUGAAGGAGUGGGAGGCUCUGUGUUCCUACCAGGCCGAGCCCAGCGCCGUCUCCAUAGCUCAGAGCGACGCCAACGCCAAGAAGAACCGCUGCCCCGACUCGGUGCCCUAUGACCACUCGAGGGUGAAGCUGAAAGCCGAGAUCAACCCUUCACGCUCUGACUACAUCAACGCCAGCACCAUAAUUGAGCACGACCCCAGGAUGCCAGCCUACAUCGCCACCCAAGGCCCCCUGUCGCACACCAUCUCUGACUUCUGGCAGAUGGUGUGGGAGAAUGGCUGCACUGUGAUUGUGAUGAUGACGGCUCUGGUGGAGGACGGUGAGAAACAGUGUGACCGCUACUGGCCUGAUGAGGGCUCGUCCCUCUACCACAUCUACGAGGUGAACUUGGUGUCCGAGCACAUCUGGUGUAACGAUUUCCUGGUGCGAAGCUUCUACCUGAAGAAUGUGCAGACCCAGGAGACCAGGACGCUCACUCAGUUCCACUUCCUCAGCUGGCCAGCUCAGGGCAUCCCCACCUCCACGCGCCCGCUGCUGGACUUCCGCAGGAAGGUGAAUAAGUGCUACCGAGGACGGUCCUGCCCCAUCAUCGUGCACUGCAGUGACGGUACAGGCCGGACUGGGACUUACAUCCUGAUUGACAUGGUUCUCAAUCGUAUGGCUAAAGGUGUGAAGGAGAUCGACAUCGCUGCGACACUGGAGCACGUCCGAGACCAGAGGCCCGGGAUGGUCCGCACCAAGGACCAGUUUGAGUUUGCCCUGACAGCCGUCGCUGAGGAGGUCAACGCCAUCCUCAAAGCUCUGCCCCAGUGAAACCAGUGAAACCAGUACAACCCAGACCAGCCUCCUGUCUGACGGACUCACCCUCCCUCCUGACUCUCAGACUCAUACCUGACCUUUGGCCUUUCUCUCUAUGAUGAUGAUGAUCGUGAUGAAGAAUGACUUCUCUAUCUGCCCGUCGGCUGAAGAAUAAAAAAACAACUUAAUAUCAGACGACUUUCAGGUCAGGAAGGAUUUA